AUGACCGUUGUGGGCCCUUUUUCAACUUUCAAAAAAUAUAUAACCGUUACACUCUUCCCCUUCUUCUUCCACACACAAAUUCAGAGCAAAAUUCUCUGUCUCCAAAAGGAAAAAGGAGGAAUCUUGAGGCUGAUUCAGAGAAAGCUAGACAUAAUGACUGUUGAGGUCAAAGUUGAGGCCGAGGCGGUGCCAGUGGCAGAAGAGGUUCUGAAGGAGGCGAAAGAGGCGGUGGAAGAAGUGAAGGAUGAAAAGGAUAAUAACUGUGAAUCCAAGGCGGUGCAGAAAAGCGCUUCCUAUAGAGAAGAGAGUAAUUUUCCCUCUGAUCUAAAAGAGAAUGAGAAGAAGGCCUUGAAUGAGCUCAAAGCAAAACUUGAAGAAGCCAUUCUUGGGAACGCUCUCUUCAAGAAAGAAGAGAAGAAAGAGGGAUCCAAAAAACCCGUCUAUGACGACGAAGCAAAACAGGAGAAAGAAAAGGAUCAGGCUGAAGAAGAAUGUGUUAAAGAGGAAGAAUGUGACAAGGAAAGUGAAGAAAAUGUUGAUGUUGAAGAGGACAAGGAAAUCUCAAUCUGGGGAGUACCCCUUUUGCCCAGUAAAGGGGAUGAAGGUACUAAUGUAGUUCUCCUAAAAUUUUUGAGGGCUAGGGAUUUCAAAGUGAAUGAUGCCUUCCAGAUGCUCGAGAAAACACUCCAAUGGAGGAAAGAGUUCAAGAUCGAUUCUAUCUUGGACGAAGAAUUCGGUCCUGAACUUAACUCGGCCGCAUAUAUGAGUGGCGUUGAUCGCGAAGGGCACCCCUUAUGUUACAACAUUUUCGGGGUUUUGGACAAUGAGGAGAUCUAUCGGAAGACGCUUGGAGACGAGGAGAAGCGCGAGCAAUUCCUGCGAUGGAGGGUCCAGCUUAUGGAGAAAGGCAUUCAGAAACUUAAAUUCAAGCCUGGUUGUGUAAACUCUUUAGUUCAAAUCAAUGACCUUAAGAACUCGCCAGGAGCAUCCAAGAAGGAAGUUCGUGCUGCUGUGAACAAGGCCAUUGCGCUUCUUCAGGACAACUACCCGGAAUUUGUUGCCAAAAAUAUAUUCAUCAAUGUUCCAUUCUGGUAUUUCGCGUUCCAUUCCCUGUUGUCUCCUUUCCUAACUCAACGAACCAAGAGCAAAUUAGUCUUUGCUCGUCCGUCCAAGGUCACGGAGACUUUGCUCAAGUAUGUACCAAUUCAAGAAAUCCCGAUCCAGUAUGGCGGCCUCAAGAGGGAGAAUGACAUCGAGUUCUCUGAUAGCGAUGGUGAAACUUCAGAAGUUGUGAUCAAGACUGGAUCAACUGAAGUAAUUGAAAUACCUGCACCAGAGGCUGGAAGCACAUUAAUCUGGGAUCUUAAUGUUUUGGGUUGGGAGGUGAACUGUGCAGAGGAGUUUGUGCCUAAUGAUGAGAAUUCUUACACCAUGAUCAUUCAGAAAGAGAAGAAGAUGGGCUCGGACGAGGCACCAGUUCGCAAGACAUUCAAGAACAGUGAAUCGGGAAAAAUUGUCCUUACGAUUAAGAAUUGUUCUGGGAAGAAAAAGAAAAUGUUCUAUCGCUACAAGAUCAAAAAAUCCUCCUGCUGA